AAGCCACCCACGUAAGCAAUGGAAGGAGAGAGAGACCGCAGAAUGGGUGUAAAUGGCAAAGUUACUGAACUUCUGAUAAGGGACGUGCGGUUUCCGACGUCGCUCGAAGCUCACGGCUCGGAUGCGAUGCACAAAGAUCCUGACUACUCUGCAGCGUAUGUUGUUAUCAAAAGUGAUGGCACUAAGCAUGAAGGUCACGGUCUGACUUUUACUGUUGGACGAGGCACGGAAAUUGUUGUUAGUGCUGUGAAAUCACUGUCAAGGAUGGUGGUUGGCUGUAAUUUGGCAGAUAUUUUUGGCAAUUUUGCUGGAUUUUGGAGAGAUCUUACAAGCGAGAGUCAACUUAGAUGGGUUGGGCCUGAAAAGGGAGUUAUCCACUUGGCUACAGCUGCUGUCGUGAAUGCUCUAUGGGACUUGUGGGCAAAAAUAGAAAACAAACCUCUUUGGAAGCUUCUCUCGGACAUGACACCUGAGGAAAUUGUAUCAACAAUUGACUUCAGAUAUCUAUCUGAUGCCUUGACCAAAGAAGAAGCUUUGCAGAUUUUAAGAGACAGUGCACCUCAUCGGCAAGAACGAAUAAAGAAGAUUAGAGAAGUUGGCUAUCCAGCAUACACUACAUCUUGCGCUUGGCUUGGCUACAGUGACGAAACAUUAACAAAGCUUGCUCAUGAGGCUCUUCGUGAAGGCUUUACUAGGUUUAAAGUGAAGGUUGGCAGCAGUGUUGAGGAUGACAAACGUCGACUCACUGUUAUACGGAAUGAAAUCGGAUGGGAUAACAUGCUCAUGGUUGAUGCAAACCAGAAGUGGGAUGUUCAGCACAGCAUUGACUAUAUGGCUAAGUUGGCUCACUUCAAGUUGGCAUGGAUAGAAGAACCAACUUCACCAGAUGAUGUUCUUGGUCAUCUGGCGAUUAAAAAGGGUCUGUCACAGUAUGGUAUUGGUGUGGCAACAGGCGAACAGUGUGCGAAUAGAGUCCUCUUCAAACAAUUUCUGCAGAGCGGUGCUAUAGAUUUCUGCCAGAUAGAUGCCGCUCGAGUUGGUGGGGUCAAUGAGAUCUUGUCGGUCAUAUUGAUGGCAAAGAAAUUUAAUGUUCCAGUUUGUCCUCAUGGUGGAGGCGUAGGCUUGUGUGAGUAUGUUCAGCACUUGUCAAUUUUUGACUACAUCUGCGUGAGUGGCUCGCUGGAAAAUCGUGUGAUUGAGUAUGUUGACCAUCUGCAUGAGCAUUUUCUCAAUCCAUGCGUUGUAAACAAUGGCUGUUAUGUAGUUCCUGAGGCUCCUGGCUACAGCAUUGAAAUGAAACCCAAUUCUUUGGCUGCUUAUGAAUAUCCUGAUGGUCCUGUCUGGGCCGAUCUUCGAUUAAAGGGUCUCAUCAAGGACACAUAAUCGUUUGACGAAUGAUAUUUACAGCACUUUUUCUAGUGAUUUUGUAUUCUAUAUUUUGUACUGCAAAUGUUGUCACUGAAUGGAAUUAAAUGGAGUAACUUGUUUGUUAACACUUCCAUUAAUAGGAUUAACAACA